GUGAAUUGUCAGCGUGCGGCCGCCUGCGUCUUCCGCCAUGCUGAUGCGCCUGGCUGCGGCCAGAAGGGUAAGCAAAACACACAGAAGCGAAGGCAGCGCACGAGGGGCGGGGAGGCAGAUGCAGAUCAGGCUUCGUUUCCACUUGUCUGUCUGUCUGUCCGCUCAGGCGUGUGCUGUUCAGCACGCCGGCCGUGGCGCGGUGCUGUGGCCGCCUCAACAAACAGCGGCCGGGCAUCGAUUUUUCAGUACGGUAGUGGUUGCUGAGCAUGACACGAAGAAGCUGGUGCCCUCGACCCUCAGCGCCAUCAGGGCCGCACUCGAAAUGAAAGAGGGAGAUGUAAGCCGAGAAGCCAGCCACACACAGAGGGAGGGAGGGAGGGAGGGAGGGAAGGGGCACACGCACGUAAUUAUUGGUCUGUGCGCUGGUUCGUUCAGACCCACGUGUUGGUGGCGGCUCAGCCUGGGAUGGCGAGAACGGUGGCUGAGGAUGCCAGCCGUGUGUCGGGCGUCAAGUCGGUCAUCGUGUGUGAAGACAAUAUCUUCAGAUACCAGAGACCAGGUAAGGAGGGAGAGAGGGAGAGAGGGAGGGAGGGAGGGAGGGAGAGGCGGCACACGCAUGCACGCGGCUUGGCGAGAGAUGUCUGUGGUAUCUGCAUGGGUGUGCCUGUGUGGUCAGACACCAUGUACAAGCUCCUUCGCAAGAUUCGCAAGAGCAUGACCAUCACCCACCUUGUGGGCAGGUCGGGCCAACCAUCCCCACACACCUCAUUCACAAACAUGGCUUACAAGGCCUAGCUUCAUUCACAUGCAGCUGUCCCUUGUGUCUGUGUCUGUGUGUGUCCAGUGACUCCCCGGCAAUGCUGGACAUCAUGCCGACGUGCGCCAAGAAGCUCAACGGCUACUACGAAUACGCCAUCACCAAAUACGACAGAGAGGUCAGUCCGCCAAUCACUUAGCGCAACGUGCCACGUGUUUAUGUGUGUGUGUGUGUGUGUGUGUGUAUGUCAGCAACUGACCAAGGACAUCAAGCUGUAUUUGGAGGAUGCGUGGGAGUUCAAGUACAAGGACGACCCCGAGCUCCAGUGGAUCCCCACCAAGCCAGUUGUCACCAAAGACAUGAUGCUCAACACCGAACCAAACAUACUCCGGGUAUGUAAAAAACCACCUAAACUAAGCCGCUCACACACACAUCAGAAGCACAUCGCCCUUGCCUGUCGAUCAGUGUCUGUCGGUUGACACGACGGCGUAUGAGCCUGCGAGUAUGGCCGGCAGCCCCGUGCCGGUUGAGAAGUUCAAGUCGCCCUUUGACCACGGGGAGCACAACAACCCCCACUGGUUUGGCGCCGACUGGCACGGAUGGCUCGCCGGAUACACACUCAUGUCACUCGUCUGGUAUAUGAAUAAACAAGCCGAUUGACGCACGCACGAGGCAGAUGACGGAAUAUGGAAUGUCUGUCUGCUCUGGUCUCUGCUUCGUUCAGGUGGUGUGGAGUUGGCUGAUUGAGGUGUUUCCGUUCGGCUUGAUUUGUGCCUGCCCGUCCCUGCUGCCGCUCGUGCAACUGACGAACAAAUGGUCUAUGAGAAGAGAGAGGGUGUUGGGUGUGCAUGCGAGUGUAGAAUAUGCCGGCAGUUUGUGAUCGAUUUGCCUCAAGCUGUCAAUCGAGGCUGUCCGUUGUUUGACGAAUGGAUCAGGGGAGGGGAGGGGAGGGGAGAGCUGUCUGUCUGUAUGGUGCAGUCAGGGCAGUCGUAUACAUCAGAUGAUACAUUCAUUUGUUUCUUCGUUGUGCGUGUGUGAAGCCGUGCACGCCAUGACUCACCCCGUCGCUCUAUCUAGAUGGUGCAGUGACUCCAACCGUAUGUAUGUGAAUGAAGUCUUUCAACAAAGCCCG